UCCAAAGAUGACGGCGCCCGGUGCUUGGUGCUCGCGGUGAGGGGCUCGGUUCACAAUGACUAGGGUGUAGCUAAAGUGGUUCCGGCAUGUGCUGUGGGCCAGAGAAGCUAGGGCCAGGUGUCCUUCUCCGGCAAUCGAGCUCGAUAAGGGUUUUGGGCGAGGAUAUGAGCGCUCUCCCUCUACUCCCGGGACAACUCGGCAUGUCCUAGAGCCUGUGGACUGGCGGUCUGGCUGGCGUGUGAAGAGACAGGUCCUGAGCCCCGACCCGCCAUGAAGAGCGACUCCUCGACGUCUGCAGCUCCCCUCAGAGGGAUCGGGGGGCCCCUUCGCAGCAGCGAGCCGGUGCGCGCCGCCCCGACCCGGGCGCCCGCGGUGGACCUGCUGGAGGAGGCGGCCGACUUCUUGGUGGUGCACCGGGACUUCGGCGCGGCGCUGCAGACCUGCGAACGCGCCUGGCAGGGCCUGGCCGCUGACUGUCCGGCCGAGCAGCCCCCGGGCGUUUCCUUGGAGGUGAAGUGCUCCUUGUGUGUUGUGGGGAUCCAGGCCCUAGCAGAAAUGAAUCGAUGGCGAGAAGUCCUUUCCUGGGUCCUUCAAUAUUACCAGGUCCCUGAAAAGCUACCCCCCAAAGUCCUGGAGCUGUGUGUUCUUUUAUAUAGCAAAAUGCAAGAGCCUGGAGCUGUGCUGGAUGUGGUCAGUGCCUGGCUCCAAGACCCAGACAACCAGGACCUUCCAGAAUAUGAAGCCUUGGCAGAACUUCACCUACAACGGGUACUGCUGCCUCUAGGACACUUUUCAGAGGCUGAGGAGCUCGUGGUGGGCUCUGUAGCCUUUGGUGAGGAGAAGCAGCUGGACAUGCUCCAGGCCAUUCACACAGCAAGGCAACAUCAGAAACAAGAACACUCAGGCUCUGAGGAGGCCCAGGAGGUAAACCAGGAAGGUGUCACUCACAAGUUUGUGUCACUACCGAUGUUGGUUCACCAGCUUUGGGACUCUGCAGUGAGCCAUUUCUUUUCUCUGCCCUUCAAAAAGAGCCUCCUGGCCGCCUUGAUCCUGUGUCUCUUGGUGGUGAGGUUUGAUCCAGCAUCUCCUUCCUCCUGGCCCUUCCUCUACAAGCUGGCUCAGCUCUUCCACUGGAUCCGGAAGGCCAUGUCUUCUCACCUCUACCAUCUCCGCAUCCGGGACUGAGCAGUCUCCACACAGCUGGACCUCUCCUCCCUCCACGCCUGCUACAGCAGAAACAAACCAGGGUGCCCAUCCUGCAGGAAUGGGGCCAGUCUGAUUCCAGAAGGAGCCCAUCUUGUCAGAUGUGCUGUGUCUUGCUGCCCAGUCAUCCUCCCCUUGGCACCCCACUUUGGCUUGCCUUGGUCCAUAAUGUGGCAUCCAGAACAGUAUCCUCUCAUGCCCAGGGGCCCCUCACAAAGGAGUUUUGGAGCAGGGACUGUGUCCCUGAAACAUUCCAUCUUGGUAAAGGCAAGAGAGUAUUCCAGUCAGGGUGUUAUGGAGCUAAAGUUCAGAGAAAGUAUAAUAGAGUGACCCUUGUCCUACCAUAAGCUUGAAGACUUACCUCUUAGAAGGGUACCAGAGGGCCGUACCUUAAUUAGCUAGCAUGAGAUCUGAAGGGCCUCUGUCUGGUCUCCCAUCCUCCUCUACAGGGCUGGCCUAAUCAUGUAUCAGCAUACUGUUCCCAUGGUCCUGCAGUGGGCUUGCAGCUGCAGAUCUCUCACUGUCCAGACUAGGCAUGGCUUUCAGAACCACCUGGGUAGCUAUUGAAAACAAAGUAAGCCUGCUCAGCUGUUAUCAUGGGGUAAAGUGAUCUUGCUUGGUGCCGCUUGGUCUUCAGCUCAAUUUUCCAUGUUAUAAGCAGCCAUGCCCUGCUUUGUUACACUCAGCAUCUCUGCCUACUCUGCCUCCUGUCCUACAGACUUGUUUCAUGGCUGUUUUACCAGGUUCUGCCUAUAUCCUUGGUGCAUAAUAGUGCAGGUCCCCUCCCCCAUGUCCUGUUGUCCUAGUUAUGUUCUAUUGUUUGUAUAAUGCCAAUUUUUUUCUGCUAGUGUGGCCUUGGAAAGUAGGCCAGCUCAGAGGCUGCUGAGCUGAAAAUGGAACUGAGUAAUCAGGUGAACUGGAAGGGCUGGGGGCGGAGAGUAGAGGGGAGAUAGUGAAUAGUGAAACCUUAGGGAGGCAUUGGGACCUUAGCAUUUGAGGAUUUGAAAUGCUUCUGUGUUUUUUUCCCAGUACCUACAAGAAUCUUACAUGUUUCUGUGCAAGUAAAUGUCAAACCCCACUGAGCUGCCAGGAUUGUGAAAGGCUUCCAGCAGGGGCCAGACACUCUGCAGCCAAAGGCCAGGCAGGCCAUCUUGUGCUGGGACCUCAGUCGGUGUUGAUGCCAAGAAUGUGGGAGAUAUUUGCUUGCUCUUCAUUGGUUGACUUUCAGGGGUUGCUAGCCAACAACUUCUUUUUCAAGAAAUGAAUAAAGUACAUAAACUUCACAGACCCUUAGAAUUAAAUCCCUAGGGCAUGGUCCAACUCUGUAGGAAACAAGUCUGUGCUUUCUGGUAUCAGCCUUUAAAUAGAGCUUAGAACCUUGGAGAAAAAAGGAGUCAGAUUGAUUUGAAGCUCCUAUGGAAUGAUUUCUUAAAAUGAAAACCUGGCCCCGUUUACUGUUCAUACUGGGUGUGGCUUUCUGAGGCCCACAGAAUAAAAUCCAGAUGCUCUUCAUGGAAUUAAAGGCCUUCAUGUACUGGCUUUGGCUCACAUGUCCACUUUGACCUGAGGCCUCUGCUACUUGUGCACGCUGCCUUCCAGCUGCCUGCCAGUCACAGCUACCUGCUCCCUCAGACCCUGCACUGUAGUUCACGCUGUUCCUACCAAAGGCACCUGCUCUCUGCCUGUUGAGCUCCUCCACCUUCCAGACUUAACUGAGGAGUCAUUUCCAACCCAUCCAGGCCACUAUUUUAUACACCUUCUUUGGUAGUGACCUCAUGGGUUUAUGAUUUUGUGAACUUCAUCGUUGCUUCCAAUAACAAUGAGCUCUUAGAAAUUGGGGAGUGUGGCUUAUUGCAGUAUAUAAGUCCCUGCUCUGCCACAUGUGUGACUAUCGGAGAGUGGUUUAGCUUUUUCAGCCUCAGGGUCCUCAUCUGUAAGUUCUUGUCUCAUAGGCAUUUGUAGGUGAGUAACUGAGAUGGUGCUUAUGAAAUGUUCCAAGUAAGAGCUUUUGUGAUUGGUCGUGUCCUCAAUGCCAGCUGAGUGCCUAAGAGGUAGAAAGUGCUCAGAGGUGUUGAAGGGAGUGGAUUGAUACAGCCGACAUGUCAAGACAUCUGUGUACUUUAGUUGAGUUGUGGGGUUUCGUGUUGGGAAACCCUGAAUAUGAAGAAGACCUGAUAAUGCCCAACUCACUUUUCUGCUCUCUCCUGAAGUUCUCCAGUAUUGUUUUGCUUAUAGGCCCUCAAAUUGUCUGUUUUAUUUUUAUCCUGAACUCUGCAGUGCUGUCGGAUAACCAGCCGCAACUACUUGCCCAGUCAGGCAAAGAACUCAGAUCCCAAACUGCCUCUGUAACUAAUUGACCUUUCCAAAGGGUGUAGUGCUGCUGGUGCUCAAAUCAGUAUUCAGCCCUGGGCUUCAAAAGGUCAGAAGUAAAGAGAAGGCUUUUCUGUUAGACUCAUACCUGCAUCGUCCAGUAUGGUAAUCAUUCAUCAAGUGUGGCUUUUGAGCAUCACUUUACAAAUUAAGAUGUUCUGAAAAUGUAAAGUACAUACUUGGAAGUCUUAGUACUAAAAAAAAAAAAAGAAACUCAGCAAUUUUUAUAUUGAUCGUAUGUUGAAAUGAUGAUAUUUUGCAUAUACUGG